AUGUUAGAAUUGAAGUCAAAUCGAUCCCAACACCUGCUGACCAUACACCUGCUGACCAUACACCUGCUGACCAUACAUCUGCUGACCAUACACCUGCUGACCAUACACCUGCUGACCAUACAUCUGCUGACCAUACACCUGCUGACCAUACACCUGCUGACCAUACACCUGCUGACCAUACACCUGCUGACCACACACCUGCUGACCAUACAUCUGCUGACCAUACACCUGCUGACCAUACACCUGCUGACCACAUACCAGCUGACCAUACACCUGCUGACCACAUACCAGCUGACCAUACACCUGCUGACCAUACACCUGCUGACCAUACACCUGCUGACCAUACACCUGCUGACCAUACACCUGCUGACCAUACAUCUGCUGACCAUACACCUGCUGACCAUACACCUGCUGACCAUACACCUGCUGACCAUACAUCUGCUGACCAUACACCUGCUGACCAUAUACCUACUGACCAUACAUCUGCUGACCAUACACCUGCUGACCAUACACCUGCUGACCAUACAUCUGCUGACCAUACACCUGCUGACCAUACACCUGCUGACCAUACAUCUGCUGACCAUACACCUGCUGACCAUACACCUGCUGACCAUACACCUGCUGACCAUACAUCUGCUGACCAUACACCUGCUGACCAUACACCUGCUGACCACAUACCAGCUGACCAUACACCUGCUGACCACAUACCAGCUGACCAUACACCUGCUGACCAUACACCUGCUGACCAUACACCUGCUGACCAUACACCUGCUGACCAUACAUCUGCUGACCAUACACCUGCUGACCAUACACCUGCUGACCAUACACCUGCUGACCAUACAUCUGCUGACCAUACACCUGCUGACCAUACACCUGCUGACCAUACACCUGCUGACCAUACACCUGCUGACCAUACACCUGCUGACCAUACACCUACUGACCAUACAUCUGCUGACCAUACACCUGCUGACCAUACACCUGCUGACCAUACAUCUGCUGACCAUACACCUGCUGACCAUACACCUGCUGACCAUACACCUGCUGACCAUACAUCUGCUGACCAUACACCUGCUGACCAUACACCUGCUGACCAUACACCUGCUGACCAUAACACUCUGCUGA